AUGGUUGGAACGAUGAACAGGUGCUUCUUGCACCCUGAUCUCCAAUUCAAGCGAACGACUGAUGAUUUGAUCCAUCCUGUUUGUCAGAGCCCGAUUAGAGCAGGGGAAACAGUGGCAUACGAAAUACCCGUCAAGUCCACAGCCCAAAGUUUCAAGCUCGACAUAUUUCGGUACACAAUGCAAUGCGUCUACAGCGGAGAAUGUCUUUUUCCUUGCGCGUUCAACCAAGAAGCGCCAGCGGACGACAUCAAGGUGUUCUUCGAUUACGUUUUCCGCACAACAUACAGGAGGGGGCUUUCCGAAAAGGUGGCGCUCGCGCUCUACGCUCACAACAGGAGCAAUGCACCCUUCCUGUAUAAAACGAUCGGCGUGUUUGGGCAAAGCGAAGUGGAAGCCAACUGCCUCCGUGUUCGCUACGAAAACGGCGAAACGUUCCUGGCAGCUGUUAGGGAUGUUGACAUCGGCGAGAACCUGGUGAUGGCACCCGGUGCCGUCACCGUUCCUUUACAAAAGGAGGAAGCAGACUUCUCCAACACUCUCCGAUUGAUGUCUAACAUCGACGUGGAAGACGCUCCUCUGUUCGCGAAGGCUCUCUCAUUUCGCGAGAAGGCACUGCUCGUACGGCCAGAUGCGCGUGUUGUGCACGUCAAUAGCAAGUUCGACCCGGGUCUAGACAACAGAGUUGCCAAGUACACAAUGGAUCGAGAGUUGGGUAUUACGGACUUCCACGUGGGGGUGGGUCGUCUGGACAAAAAAUAUAGGGAAAAGGAAGCGACGGAGGGCCUGCUCGAUCUGGAGGAGCUUUACGGCAAGCUGAACGACGAAUUUGAAGCUGACAAAAUAUGUUCUUAG